GUUCAGUCAGCUGGAGACCUGAUUUUCUGAUUUUGGUGGGUUUUUGUGGAACAACAGACUAAACAUGGCAACUACUUCUGAAUCUGAGGGGAAAUUCAAAGUGAAAUACAAUUCACGUGGAAUAAUCGAGAUAUCCAUUGAGGGGAAGCACAUGAGUGUACAAGACUUGAAAAUAAAGAUACAGGAAGACUCUACACUCUGGCCGGAGAUAUGUCAGGUGGCCCAGCAGAGAAAUAAGGACUGUGGUAGGCUGAAAUCAAAUAGACAUCACGACAAACCAAAGAUACUGGGGUACUUGGGCAAUGAUGUGCCACCAUACCCAACUCCAGUUGAAUUUCAUGUUCCAAGUGUGACCCACGUCACUACUGAGGGACCAUUCCGAAUGAUAAUGGAGUCCAAAGAGUUCAGACCACCUAAUGACGGCUUCUCAUGGUGGUCCUUAUAUAUCGAUGAAGAGGAGAUCAAAUCCGCAGAGGAGCGCUAUUUGCAGAAGAAUUUCCCAAAACUGUCACCAGAGCAAAUCGAAAGUCAUGAGCCAUUCCUGAAUAAGUUCACUGACUCACCAGUGUUCCAGCGUGAGUCCCGCUAUGGGAACUACAGAUUCACCUUCCCCCUGACUGACCUGAUGGAGCUGUACCAGCAGCAGCACUGUGGAGGAGAGGAGCCAGUUCUGAGGGUCUUCAAGACCAUGUUCUACAAACAGGAGAUUCUGUACGCUGUGCUGAUUCACAGUCCUCAAGACAACAAGCUUUUUGAAGCAAUGCCACUUCUUGAAGAGAGCAGAUUUGCUCAUUAUGAGAAGGGGAAAAUUAUCUGGCACGCACAGGCCAUUUCUGACAACAUCCAGUAUAAAAUCUUAACCUCAGACAAAGGAGUUGAAGUGCAACAUGUAAACAAAACAGAUUAUGUUUGGGAUCAUGUGUGUCUGGCUUUUCACUUGCCUAAAAACACUAAACCUCACAAGGCCUUGAAAGUCCCAUCUGACAAACUAAUAACAGCCAUCGAGGCCUGUGAACUUAACAAGAUGAAUCUUAUUGCUAAGGAUUCUGCAGAGAAAAAAAGAGAAAGCCUCGAAGAAAAAGCAGAAAGAGACAAACUCUACAAAAGAGCAGUGGAAGUGGUGAAUGAAGUAAAACGAAUGAUGACUGAUGGAAAUGACUGAGGAAAGUAAUCAGAAGAGGAGCAAUGAAUUAGUGUGAAGAAAUGAAAUGAUGUACUUUAUGUAAAGGCAUUUUAAGGUCUAUAUUAAACAGAAAGUACAGGCUGGUGCAUUUAGUUUCAAUGAAUAAGGUAAGACAAAUUAAUAUUAUGCAUAUUAUACAUAUUCAUAUGUAAUUCUGCAGUCAUUCCUUGGAUUUUAGGGUGAAUUGAAACAUUCUGUUUUUGAAGUAGAAAUAUUAGAAUCAAUGAAUUUGUCUCUGGGUUAAAAUUGCCAUGACACAGUGUUUAUGAAUAACGAUAAGACAAUAGACAUGGUUUGGGACCCACAUGGUGCUUAAAUACGGCAAAAAAACAGUCCUUAAAAACUACAACAAAGACCAAAAAUAUUGCACAGCUGAAAACCAAAAUAUGACAUAAUAAUACAUAAUGUUGCAAAACUAUAAUUGAAUAUUACCCAGUUCAGAUCAGAGUAAGGGGUGUUUAGGCACAUGCCUUGUGUGAGUGUUCACUCAAUAGCUUAACAGCUAGAGGAUGAAACUGUUCUUGUGCCUGGAUGUUUUGGUGGUAGGUGUUCUGUAGAGCCUGCUGGGUGGGAAUAGUUCAAACAUACCGUAUCCUGGGUGUGAAAGGCCCUUAGUAAUUUUCCCUGUCUGUUUUCUGACAUACCACUGGGAUAGGCUCCAGCGACCCUGAGGGAGAAGCAGACUUGCCUUAUGAAAAAAAAACUAUACUUGAAGUUCUUGUUAUUAAGUAAACUUAAGUUAGU